UUCGCGAUAAGCGCCUUCUCCGUCGGCACCUUCUCUCCCUCGCUCUCUCUCUUCGGCGUCCCGGUGUGCCUCGCGUCCGUUUCUCGCCAUGAAGUUUGUGCUGCUGCUCGCACUGGCAGGCCUCGUGGGGGCGCCAGCUCCGUUCAGCGCUGAGGACUUCGGGAAGACCUCCAGAGGCGGGAGCGCGUGUUUUCAGGACGAUGACGACGACAUGAAACCCGAAGUUGAGGAUCCUUUACUAUCGAUCCUGCGGCCCGCCCUCGGAGCUGCUGCACUGGCUCCCGCGAGCGACUUCGCGAGCCAGUCCGUGGCUUCCAUCUCCCAGGGGAUCCAAUCCGGCUCCGGCUUCAACCGUUUUGCUGCUCUUGGGACUGGUCGUGUCCCUCGUGUCCAACAGCCGAGGGCGCAGAAGAUCGAGCCUGUCCCUGCCCUUGCAUCUGCGCCCGGCCUGGGGCGCGAGCGUGUCUUCUCCCUUUCUCAAACACCUGCCUCUCUUCCCCGGUUGAAGGGCGUCCCUUUGUCUGGUUCUCAGCUUCCUCGAGCGGCCGAAAAGGCUCCUGCUCCUGCCGAGAUUCCUCAGCAAAACCUGUUCCCCGUUCCUGCCUUGGCUUCUCGGCUACAACUGCUGCCUCAUGCGAUGCCAGGCCGGGAGGCUGACGUCCUCUCUGACGGGGCCGUUCAGCCGAAGCUGGGAACAGUUCUGCAGGCACACGUAGACACUACACUUGGCAGCGCUGCUUCCACCCGGCCUCACGAGGAAGCAUCCGCAGUCGCUGGCAAGGCUCUGGCUUUUGCCUCACAGCCCCAACUGAAGGAAGUCACUGCCCCUGAGGGAGGCGCAGCUCCUCUUCCCGACCCAAGCCCACUCGCCGCUAAGCAUGGCAUCGCCUCCCCCGGGGCUGCCCUUCCUCAUCUGCGGCGGCCGAGUGUGAAGACCGAUUCGGAUACUGAUGAUGCUGAUGACGAGAUCUUUCGUUUGGCAUUCGCCAGGGCAUCUGGGUUUGCCCCGAAAGCGCCCUCUAGACAGGCCCAGCCACGAGCGCCGUCGCCAGAUUCUCUCUACAGAUAUCUGGCUCUCAUGACCCGACUCUCAUCCCGCCUUGCCCAGAGAUCCUCGGAUAGCAGCAGCGAGGAAUGAUGAUAUGGAGAGACACAGUGAUGCCGAACUACUAGCAAGAAUAGGUGAUACUGUCUGGGAUAAAUGUGACGGAUACCAUGGUUUGCCUUGAUUCACAGUGUUCAGUUAGCAUAGUUGGCCUAUUAAACGAGAAAAUGAGCGAUUAA